AGAAAACAUAAGCGCGUACAACACUAAUAAUUGAUGUAAAGCUAUAACCAGUACUCCAACAUCUUCUAUUCUUUGACUUGGCAAUUUCCACCUUCACAUAGGCGCGGCAAAAUAAUCUCACGCAACUCAAGGGUAGCAUGGUAAAAAAAAAUUUAGUUGUUUAUUUGUUGUACGCGCUUGUGCGCGUUUGGCGAAGUUCUAGCUGGGUACAGGGGGAAAGAAAAGAAAGAGCACCACAGCACGCAGGACGUGCCAACAUGUUGGGCAAAGACUCUAUUCAACAGUCUCUGGCACAGGCACUGUUGCUGGUGAUAUUCCUCUCAGCUCCUGGCCUAUGCUACAAAAACGUGCGCCUCCAGGACAACCUGUGCUCGGACAAACUGAUUUACACACUCGCCAAACCCUUUCGCGGCGACCCCACGGUGAGGCUCGAUUUCGAGGACGAUUCGGCAGCCAUUGUUGCACAGACUUGGAAUCUCACACUGCCCCAUGGCCACUCGGCCAACAAGAUCAAAUACGAUUGCCAGUUCCGCGUGGUGACCAGCGACCGUCCGCCGCGCGGCAUCUACACAAUCAUCACCAGGCUCAAAUUCCGGCGGGAUCCAGUCUCAAAAGAGUGCAUCGACUACAUACAGUUUACUAGUGGCAAUCGCUCUCCCAGCGAGCGUAUAUGCCAUGAUAUCUCCAUCAACGGGCCGGCCGGGCGUCUAAUCUUCGAUCAGCGUGAUCGUGAAGUGAACGUGCACAUCUUCAUCGAUAGAUCGCGGCACAUUCUAGGCGAUCAGUUGGAGCUGAGCAUGGUGCUGACGGCCCACUCCGAGUGCCAGUUUAACGGCGACUUCCUGUGCAAUCCCAACGACCAGUACUCAUGCAUAUCUCGGCACUUUGUGCGUGACAACGUCACCAACUGCUUGUAUCCGUGCCGCGAUGAGGGUACGUGUUUCCUCGACGCCAUCGUGCCGGAGGAGAUAGACACAGCAAAUGUGGCCAUCUCGGCCAUAACGUCGCUCAUUUUCACCAUGCUCGGCGUGGGCUUCUGCGUGUGGAUUUGCUGGAAGUACUGGAACUGCAUCACGGUGCAGCAACGGGCACACGAAGCCUCAACCGCUCGCUUCAACCAGCGACGCGUCCGGUCUGAUGUGCCCACCAUUGAGCUACCAACGGCUCCGGAGUACGAUGAUGUUGGACCACGUGAGCUGGAUCCCCAGCAGCAACCACCGCCAAUGACGCCCAAGGAUAUGCCACCCAGCUAUGAGUCGUUGUUCCCCGACAGAUAAAGCACCGUGGCACGUUGUUUUGAUUGCUCCGCUUUGUGCCAGAUCAGCACCAACUUUGGCACUACGCACUUGUUGUACUCGUAAUAGUCCAAUUAGGUCUCUCCUUAUGAAAAAUGUGUAUUCCAUGUAAAUAUGUUAGGACUGAUUUUAAGUUUUCUGAUUAGCGUUAGCGUUUGCGCCCAGCAGUUUAGCGGUAAUGAAUAUCAAUCGACAUAACUCCCCCGAGAAUACUUCAUUGAGAAUACUUACUAUUGUACAUAUUUACGUUUUAUGUUUUUUGUUUUAUUGUGAAACCGUUAAAGCUGCCUUUUAGUGAAGCCAAUCGAUCAAUGUCUCAAUGUAUUAGCCUGCACGUUGAGAACCCCAAACUCACUGAUGAAAUCUCACAGAAAUUACGAUGUUAAACGAAAUUAUAUCAAUUAUUUACCUAAGAAACCAUUAUUGUUAAGCAAAA